AUGUACCAUUACGAGGAUAUCAUGAUUUUGGGUGGGUAUUCGGUUCUUGGAGAUCAUGUUCUCAAAUCAUCUCCAAAUCUUAACUUUGCUGAAAUUAAGGCCAAGUUAUUCAAAGCAUGUCCUGUGAUUGCAAAGAAGUUUAAUGGCAGUGUUAGCCAUUAUGGAUGGAUGGAGUAUUUCAAGGGAAAAGGUGGUGAAUUGGAGCAUGCUGCUCUUCUUACUCUAUGGCUGUCAAGAGAAAAAAUUGUAUCAUACAAUGUGGAUGGAGUAGAUGAUGUUUCACACCUUGAGCUUUGGGCACCAUUUGGUUUAAUUCAACUUUGGGCUUGGGAGAGGUUUGUCUCGUCAAGUCCGAAACCCGAUUUUCUAAGUCCUGGUGAGCCAAGAGUGGCUCGUUGGCAUAAUGUAAUAAAACUCAAAACUCAUGAUUUGAGGUUGGAUAUUGAGUUGGGUGUCGACGAUUUUAUAUGGAGGCCUUAUGCUUUGUGUUUGAGAAACUGGGAAUUUCCUAAGUUUGAUUGUAAUGAUGGAAUUGGAAUGUGGGUGUUGAUAGAUUCUGAUGUAAAUGAGGAAUUGUUAUCUGUUGUGAGGUGUUUGAGGGUAAGUGAGUAG